AUGUUAGGGCAAGACCAUAAUAUGAGGAUGAGAUCUCUCGAUCCUUCUCCUCAAGUUUAUGCCCACUCGAGAUCAAGAACUUCCUCCUCCAACGUAUUCCCGCAAGUCUUCACACCAAUGCAGCACCUUCAACAACCGCAGCCCUCGAUGGGCCACACCCGACGAUCUCCCUCCGUUAAUACUUUCAGCACCACAUCUAGUAACCCCCCGCCUGCUGCGUACCGAACGUCCCCCACUACAGAAGUUCGCCGUAGCACCUCCUCUAGGUCGGGAGGUGGCAUUCCCACCAGCUACGUUGCCUUACUCCGAAAACAGAAGGCCACCGUAUGGUGCGAUCGAUCGCAAUCCGAAGACCCGCGAAUCCAAGCCCAGCAACGCGCUGCGAAACAAAGAGCCAAUCAAGAAGUUUCUGGCGGCACAAUACAAAGCCGCACUUCGACAGGCCUAGGCAGCACCGGCGGGAAGGUGGCCGCCAAGAUCCGUCAUCAUGGCAAGCCAGGCGUUGUAGGAUAUGCGCCUGAUAGCAAUUACAUGGGUGUGACAGGUGUACCGAUGCGUCUGAGCGCUACCGAGGUUGAGGGCGAAGAUGACGACGAAGACGAUCUGUCGAUGCGACGCUUAAAUCACCGCAGAACUGGUAGCAGCGGGCGCAGUAGUACCGCCAGCAGCAGGAGAGGUCUCGCAUAUCGCACUUCUGGCGCUUCCCAAGGGGGUAAGAGGUGGAGUCCUGGCGAUACACCCGAGCGCACGGGUAGCAUGGUCAUUGAAGACGCCGAAUACACUCCUGGGGAUGAUAAGAUCGAGUUGGAGCGCACUCAUAGCGCGCACAGCGGUAGUAGCGCAGAGAAGGCCGAUGCCCUACCUGAGCUAAGCAGUGCCAGCGCUGCUAAGCUUGCGAGCAAUAGCUUGUUAAAUGCCGCUCUCACUAGAGAAAAGAGUGUCAAGAACCCUGAGGAUCUCCGAAGGCGCGGCAGCGUAGAUGAACGCACUAUGACCCUCACGGCCGGUCGAUUAUACAUCGCCAACCCCGAUUAA